AUUUGUCAGUGUGAUGGAGAGUAAUGUGGCACAUUUUAUAAUGUUUUAACUAUCUUAUGUGAGUUUGUGGCUGUGUGUGGUGUCUGUACACUGGAGAACUUUAUUGCUCUCUCUUUGUAAAUGAGGAUAGGCUAUUGCACUAGAUUCUAUCUACAAUUUUAACAGAUAGUUGGUAAACAAAAACACCAGAGAACCCAGCAUUUUCAAAUAACAUAAAGGAGCAGAUCGUUAGGUUGCUAAUUCUUGAUCUUGCUGAUAUGAUCAUUCUCAAGGAACUGAAGUGCAGCUGUUCACGCUGGAAGAAUGUGUAACCAGAGCGUGUCGUGUCCAUUCCCUGACAAUUAUGAAGCCGUCUUAUUCCCCAUUAUCUACAGCAGUGUCUUUAUAGUUGGUUUGCCAAGUAAUCUAAUAGCUAUUGGAGUUAUUAUUCAACUAAUCAGGAAGAGAAACAUCUUGGGCAUCUACCUGGCCAACCUUUGUGCCUCGGAUCUCAUGUACAUAAUUACACUUCCUGUCUGGAUUGUCUACACCGCAAAGGAGGACUGGCUAUUUGGUACCCUCACCUGCAAAAUCGUGGGCUUUUUCUUCAAUGCCAAUCUUUAUGCAACUAUUUCCUUUCUUAGCUGUAUAGCUACAGACCGCUUUGUUGCCAUGGUUUUCCCACUCCGUUCCAGGAUCAUCCGGAGCAUGAAAACUGCUGUGGUGAUUUGUGUGACAGUUUGGCUAAUCAUUUUGGGCUCGCAUUUUUAUUUUUUAACCAGGGAUGAUGUUUUUACUUCUACCCAGAAUGUGGAACUUUGUUAUGAGAAAUAUCCCAUGGAAAGAUGGAUGGCUCAUCUGAAUUAUUUCCGAAUUUCUGUGGUUUUUCUUAUCCCAUUGUUUCUCUUGGUAUUUUCCUACUGCUCCAUAAUUAGAGUCAUCUAUCGAGCAUCCACAUUGGAAACAGAUCAGAAGAGGAAGAUAACUGGGCUGCUUAUGUCUAUGACUGCAAUAUUUGUGGUCUGCUACUUGCCAUACCAUAUAGUCCUUUUUAUACGUUCCUAUGUUAGUGACUUUGACUACUGCAACUGUUCAAUAGAGGAGAGAAUCCGCCCUGCUUAUCGUAUCUCCUUUGCUCUCACCAGUCUAAGCAGUGCCCUUGACCCUUUCCUGAAUAUCUUUGUGAGUGAAGGAGUAAAGCGGGACUUGAUAGUGGAAAUAAGGGCUCUUUGGUUUUACCUGAUAGUCCGGCGAAAAGAGAAAAGCAAAAUGAGGUGUCUUAAUGAUGUCUGUGAAGGUAAUGUUCAGAGGAACAGUGGACUCCCACACCAAACCAAAAUGCAGUCUAGGCUGUAGAUGGUUUUUGGGAGAAGAAUUUUUUUUUUUAAUGGAGAUGGGACUAUACUCCUGAAAGGCUGAUUUCAAAUUCAUUAGUGUUUCCCAAGGAAUUUAAAUCUCUUCCAGAAACAGAACAAGCAUGUGCAACCCAAACCCUGGAUCUGAUAACCACAAAGCUUCAGCUUUUAUCAACUUUUUGGCACCUUCUUAAAAAGUUAGUUUCCAUUGUUAUGGUAACUUGGAAUACUAUGGCAACAAUGGCCUUGGACCUGAAUAUGGAUGAAUAUAAUUGGAAAAUGAGGGUGGACAUAGACCCUGAAACUUUCUACUUACAAAGAGAACUGAUCCUACUGUGUGUGGAAGACUAUAUAUUAUUCAGUAAUGUAUUGGCAAUCUUAUGGAAAUAAUAAGAAUACAACAGACAAAUAGUAUUGCUGUAUAAUAAAUUGUAUUGAUAACGCUA